AUGAAGGCUUCACCUCCAUCUUGGCGUGGCUCACCUGGAUGGGGACAUGCCUUUCCACCCUGGACUGGACUCCGCUGGCUUGUGGGGCUAAGUAAAAAAUGUCUCUUUUUUUUUUUCUCCUCAGACACAACAAGAAAUCCUCGUCCUGGAGAAGUGAAUGGCAAAGAAUAUCAUUUUGUCACACGAGAGGCGAUGCAGACAAGGAUAGAAAACGGAGACUUCAUUGAGCACACAGAGUUUUCAGGGAACAUGUACGGGACGAGUAAAGAGGCUUUUCAAGACGUCCAGGCCAAGAACCUCAUCUGUAUACUUGACAUUGACAUGCAGGGUGUGAGGAGCAUUAAAAGGACCGACCUCAAUCCCAUCUACAUCUCUAUCCAGCCGCCAUCCAUGGAGGUCCUGGAACACCGUUUAAUAGACAGAAAAACGGAGUCAGAGGAGAGCCUCCAGAAGCGUUUACGUGCAGCCAGAGUGGAUAUGGAGAUUAGUAAAGAGCAAGGAUUAUUUGAUACAGUAAUUGUCAAUGAUAGUUUGGAGGAAGCUCAUGGGCAGUUAAAGGCAGUUCUUCUUGAGGAAAUACAAAAGGUCAAGAAAACCAACAUGUCUUCGUAGGAUACCGCAGCAUCCUUGCACCUUUUUAGUCCAGUCGAUCCACUCCUCACAAAAUCACAGACCUCCUCUCAAGUCGAGAACAUUCCCUCCGCUGGUCUGUGAAGCUCAGAUGUCCCUUUGACAUGGUAUUCAGGAAAAGUUAUUACCAAAUGAUAUGUAAAGUGGAACAUUUUUUUUUUAUUAUCAACAGGAAGCAUUUCCAUGUUUUUGUUUUUAUUUGUAUGACGAAAAUAUACUCCAACAAUGCUUA